UUCGGGAGCGCGUACCUCUCUCGGCUCGCGCCCGGGACGACGAUCGCGUCGCAUCACGGUCCGACGAACGCGCGCGCGCGGUGCCACCUGGGGAUUCGCGUGCCGACGCGCGGCGCCGCCGCCGGCGGCGCCGGCGGCGUCUCCCCGGCGUGCGUCUUGAAGGUCGCGGACGAGUCGACGACGUGGCGCGAGGGCGAGGCGCUCCUGUUCGACGACUCGUUCGAGCACCACGCGGAGUAUCGCAAACGCGACGACGCGGAAUGCGAAGGCGAAGGAGGAGGCGGCGGGAGAAGCCGCGUUGGACCGACGCGCGUCGUGCUCGUCGUCGACUUGUGGCACCCGCGGCUGACGCGCGCGGACCGAGACGCGUUGGGGGUUAUGUACCCCGCGGAC